UUGUGGCUACUGUUUACUUCCGUCACGAGCACUGCGUCGGUUCGAGGAGCCCAGUGGGAAGCGAUGGAGCUAUUUCAUUUCCUCCCUUUUCUACUCUUUAUCGUUUGCUUUAACAAAGGGGCGUUGUGUCGUGAUAAUGUAGAACUCCUUAUCCAUUCAGAUUCAGUUAUACAAAUAACUGGUUCACAUUUUCUGAGCAUGACUAUUGAUUCUAAUGUUUCCCAGGCGAAUUGGGGGAAGCUUGAUUUUCGAUCUAAGAAGUUGCAAGCUAUUGCUAAAGCUCUGUCUCCAUGUUACCUGAGGAUGGGUGGAAAUAAGGCAGAUUUCCUUAUAUUCUCUAUCAAUGAAACAGAGUCUAUUAGUCCCGAGACACAGGAAGCCAAGCACAUAAGGGGCCAGGGUGCUGUACAUCAAGACAAACCCAUCCAAUUUGUUCCAUUAUUGAAGGAUUUUGAAUACGAGAAAAAAAAGAACUUUACAAAUUUUACAAUGACAGCUAGUAUGUGGGAUGAUAUCAACCAUUUCAUGAACAAGGUGGGAUGGGACUUUCUUUUCGAUCUCAAUGUCUUCCUUCGUAGUGAUGGCCAUUGGGAUUCUGAUAAUGCUAAGCUGCUACUGAAAUACACAGCAUCAAAGGGAUAUCGUUUAGCAGGAUGGGAACUUGGAAAUGAACCAGAUGAUUUCCAUGGAUACGGAUUUGACAUUUCACCUACUCAACUUGCCAAAGACUAUUCCACAAUGAAAAACUUGCUGAAAAUGUUGCCUGAUUAUGAGAAUUUUCAAAUCAUGGGACCAAGUGUCACUCAGUUGUUACAUGUACGAUCACAGAUAUAUUUCUCAGAUUUUCUUCAGAAUGGUGCAGGAAAAAUUGUAACAGCUCCAACAUUUCACCAUUACUAUGUGGAUGGAAGGAUAGCUGCUAUAGGGGAUUUCCUCAGUCCACAUGUUCUUGAUGGCCUGGCACCUGAGAUCAUCACGGGUAACAAAAUUGCAGCCCAGUAUGCUCCUGGAAAGAGGGUAUGGAUUGGUGAAACAAGCUCUGCCUGGGGAGGGGGAGCCAGCGGACUUUCUGACAGAUAUGUUGCUGGAUUCAUGUGGUUGGAUAAGCUUGGUGUGGCUGCCAGUCAAGGAAUUGAGGUGGUAAUACGCCAGGCAUUCUACGGUGCUAAUUAUGGUUUGAUUGACUGGCAAACCUUGGAGCCGAAUCCUGAUUAUUGGUUAUCUGUGCUCUACAAGAAACUUGUGGGUUCCAAAGUGUUGCAGACUGAGAGCUCUGACAAAACGAGACACUUGCGAGCUUAUGCUCACUGUUCUACAGACAAAUUUCCUGCUGGAAGUGUAACUGUUUACAUAUUAAAUCUCUGGUCUACAGCGGUAAAUGUCACAUCUAGUCUAUUUGGGAAUCAAGAAAUUCAGAAGUUUCUUCUUCACUCCAAUGGGGAUCUACGGUCUCAAGAUGUUUAUCUGAACGGAAAACUACUGCAUAUGGAAGGUGAUUCUUUGCCAGACUUUAUACCUACCUCUGUCCGUGCUCCAGUGUCCUGGCCUGCUCAGACUUUUGGAUUUCUGGUUUUGCCCAAUGCGAAAGCAAAAGCCUGUAUGUGAUCAUGAUGAGUCUGAAGAAUGGGAGUGGGAGUUAUGAAUACAUGCAUUCCUUAUGGAGUAAUGAAGGCAUCUUGUGUUGUAUGUAUACAGUCAUGGAGAAAUUACCUAUUUAACGUUACAUUAAACAGAAUGUGUCAUAAUAACUUUGGUUUUCCUUUGAGACGCUAUCCAAAUGUUGUGGGCUACUCUGAAUGCUAAUGAUUCAUGUCAUUUAACUUCCAUUCUUGCCAUAUGUUUUGGUUAAUGUCAUUUAACUUCCAAUAUUUACAUUCUGUGUGACAGUCUCCCAUUACUCCUGUUAAACCAGAUGGUAUUGAUCACUGUAUAAAUGCAGCCCAGAUCACAUGACGUCACUUCCGUCAGCGUCAAAAAAUGUUUGGCAAUGUGUUGCGGGUGAAUCAAACCUAACAAGGAUUUCGACUUAGAACAAUCGCAUAAAUAUGACGUUAUUUUGGUGCUUUGUUGAUCAUAGUCACGCCAAGGCUUUGUAUUACACAUCAAUUUGAAUGCAAGCCAAGCACUACAAUGAAAUUGAUUUCACAUGUGCCGUUCUUUCAAUUGAACAAACAGGGGAAUAGCUGAACUUAAACCCCAGAUUUAGCAAAGAGAAAGUGAAGCCUAACGGGCAUCAUUCUAUUUAUUGCCAAUAAAUACAAUCUACCAAG